CUUCAAGCGACGCCAUGACUAUAUCCAGCACAUGCGGAAUGUCCACAAUAUCAUCGUGCCCGCCCGCCCUAAAUACGUUCGUGGCAAUCAGGAUCGCACAGUCACCCAGUACCGUGAACUCAAGCCAAAGCUUCAACAUGAAGCUCGGAGAGACAGCCAGGGGCAGACAUCGAGGGAACUUCCGCCCGCACCUGGACAAAUAGAACCUGAACGAAGAAUACCUCGAUCCCAGGUUCCGACCACACUAGCCCAACCGGCCAUGUCCCGACCAGCGCCAGUUCGACCACAGGUGUCCCAACUAUUCUUACCCCAACCAGCUCUGUCUCGGUCAACAACGCCGCAACAGGUGCCCCCAUACCAAAUCCCACCACCUCUCCAGCCUCUGCCUCCACACGUACCCGACUUCUAUUAUACACAUGGCCCUGCCUUCAGACCCGAAGUUUUGCAACAUCCAGUGAAUGCAGUCCCAAGAGUAAUACCUGGGUUUCCCCCUGUCAACGCUCAACCACAAAACCCAGGUAUUCGCCUUUCCAUUGAACAGGUACGACGCUUGCGUGCAGCUCCCACUGCUCAAGACCAACAGGAGUUUCUUCUCGAGGUCGUUAGGGCCCAGGCUAGACACAGCGGAGAUAAUCAAUUCGCUGAGCUCAUGGCUGCGAUGAUACGACCUCAUAGAUUCCGGCAGCGCGGGCAGUCUUGUGCUGGACGGCACGGACUCACGGGUGCGCCAACCACCUCAGGGGUACAACCCCAGCCUACUGGGCACGGUGGCCCUGUUCAAGGGGGGCAGUUUGCUUCGUACCCUCCGCCGAACCAUCACCUUUCUGGUGAUAUAGGUAUCUAGUACGGCUGCUUGUUCUAGAUCAUUGGUAUGUUCUAGCAUAGCUGUUAUGAGUUUGCGUUUCUUUCUUUCUUUCUUUGUGGAGUUUUCUGUUUGGGUGGC